CCGAGCGCGGCCAGCGGCGGGCGGAGCGGGAGCGGAGCGUGGCUGGGCCGGGCUCAGCAUCCCCCCCCGGGGCCGCCUCCGCCCGCAGCUCCCCGCGCCGGUUCGUUAUUAUUAAUUAAAAAAAAAAAAAAAAUUUCCUCCCGUUUAUCCCCGGUUUAUCCCCGUUUCCGUGGGGUUUUUGGCGGUGAUGCUGGCGGCGGCGGCACCGGGGGGGCCCGCUGCGGGCUCCGGGGGGCAGGCGGAAAGCGGCGGCGGCGGCGGCCGGUUCAGCGUCCUGACGUGGGAGCAGGUGCAGCGGCUGGACCAGAUCCUGGGCGAGGCCGUGCCCAUCCACGGCCGCGGCAACUUCCCCACGCUCUCGGUGCGGCCGCGCACGAUCGUGCAGGUUGUCCGUAGUCGUCUGGAGAAGAAGGGAAUCACAGUCCAUAACGUGAGGCUGAAUGGCUCAGCAGCUAGCCAUGUCCUACAUCAAGACAGUGGCUUGGGGUACAAAGACCUGGACCUCAUCUUUGGUGUGGAUCUGAAGACCGAAGAUGUCUUCCAGCAGGUGAAGGACGUGGUCAUGGAUUGCCUGCUCGACUUCCUCCCAGAAGGCGUCAACAAAGACAAGAUCACCCCCGUGACUCUGAAGGAGGCGUACGUGCAGAAGCUCGUCAAGGUGUGCAACGAGACCGACCGCUGGAGCCUCAUCUCCCUGUCCAACAACAGCGGGAAGAACGUGGAGCUCAAGUUCGUGGACUCUCUCCGACGGCAGUUCGAGUUCAGCGUGGACUCCUUCCAGAUCAUCCUGGAUUCGCUGCUGCUGUUUGGGGAGUGUUCAGAGAACCCCAUGGCCGAGAACUUCCACCCUACGGUGACCGGGGAGAGCAUGUACGGGGACUUCGAGGAGGCGAUGGAGCACCUCCGCAGCAGGGUCAUCGCCACCAGGAACCCCGAGGAGAUCCGAGGCGGGGGGCUUCUGAAGUACUGCAACCUCCUGGUCAGGGGGUUUAAGCCCAAGCUGGAAGUGGAUAUGAAGGCGCUACAGAGGUACAUGUGCUCCAGGUUUUUCAUAGACUUCUCUGACAUCGGCGAGCAGCAGAGGAAGCUGGAGUGCUACCUCCAGAGCCACUUUGUUGGGAUGGAGAGCAAAAGAUAUGACUAUUUGAUGACCCUCCACAGGGUGGUCAAUGAGAGCACGGUCUGCCUCAUGGGACACGAGAGGAGGCAGACCCUGAACCUCAUUGCCAUGCUGGCUGUGAGGGUCCUGGCUGAGCAGAACAUCAUCCCCACCGUCACAAACGUUACCUGCUACUACCAGCCAGCUCCCUAUGUCAGCGAAAUAAACUUCAACUACUACGUGACCCAUGUGCAGCCCUUCCUGCCUUGCAAUCAGUCCUACCCAACGUGGCUUCCCUGUAACUGAGCCGGGACAAGCUUCAGGGGCUGUCCCCCGAGGCUUCUUACUCUCUACCCCCAAACACAAAUGCACUAAACUGAGAUUCUCUCCUUCCUGGUUAAGAUGUCAAAAAAAAAAAGAAAACCCUACAGCCAACAGCUCGACAGGCGACUUAUGUUGAGAUUGCACUUUUUGGUUUAUGAUAGUGUGUGUGGUGGGACUCCUGUGAAUGGGUUGAAUCCGAAUUUUCUCGAUCUUGCAGUGAUACUGUGCUGCCUCCUGUGAGGGGGCAAUGGACAAUUCCAGUAGCUUGAAUGGCACUUGAUUUUGUUUUAAAUGUUUUUUUUCCUACACCUGUAUCACUUGUCAUGCGAUGGGCUUGACAUAGACUCACUAGAUUCUUUAGAAUCUGUUUCAAAUAAAUACAGUGUAUUCAAAUCUGUUGGAUUUUUAUUUUGCUUGUCCAGCAGGGCAGGGGCGUGUUCCCUUUGCUGCCCCUACCCUGUGAAGAACCAGGUCUGAACUCGGCUGUGGAGGAAUCGGUGCAGGCACCCUGGGCUCCUGGUUCCCCAUCCAGGCAGCAAAGCCUGGGAGCGUGUAGCUGCUGGCAGGCUGCUCCGUGCCGGAGGCUUCUAUUUAUAAUGCUGCUCCUCGGUGUCCUCUGCUCCUGGUGGCUCCUCGAAUUGCUCGUGGCCCCAUGGGCAUCCAGCUCCCUUGGUCAUCUGAGGUCCCUCUGGCUGGGGUGGCACUGGGAGACGCGCCUAGGGGUCCUUUUUGGAAAGGUGAGGGUAAGGAGCUCCAAAAGCCUUAUCUUCCACAAAAGCUCAGGUCCUGGUGCUCGGGGCAGGCUUCCACUCUGGCUGGAAGCUGGGUGUGAGCUCCUCUGUGCCUGGCUGCCCUCCAGCCUCAGCUGCAGUUUCACUUCCCCAUGCGGAGCUACAGGCACUUCUGGUUCCACCGCACCAAGCGAGCUGAUGGCAUGCCAGUCCUUGUUUGGGACGAACUUGCUGGCUCUGCUUCUCCAAAGGCUCUGCUUCUCCAAAUUCUGGCAGUCCUGGGGCUGAGCUUCCCCCUGACAUCAGGCUGGGGUUGUUCCAGCAGGGCUGGCGUGGGGACUGUCCCCAUCACCUACUCAGGUAGGGCUUUGCUCCUGCAGAGCUGCUCUGGGAGCUCUGCCGCCUUCCCUGACCCUGUGCACGGCAAGAUGGGAUGACAUUGCCUUCCCCAGGUGUCCUGUGGGCAGAGCUGACCCCGAAAUAUUCGGUUUGUUGGCUCCUUCCCAUGCCAGCAGUGGGUCCUGCCGGGUGGCUGGUGCUGCGCUGGGGAAUAAGCUCGGGGUGUGUGACCCUGAGCAGAGCAGCAAAAGCCCUGACAGUGUUGGCUGUCAUUGUUGGGGCGGAUCAGGCUAUACAAAAGGAUGUUGGUGGAAAGUACUCGUUGUGGUCAGAAAGGAGCUCUCCGUGUUUACAGCUGAGAUUUGGAUCCCUCUUUUGUUAAUUGUCAAAUAA